GGAGACUUGUGACGACCCACUCAGCUUCGGCAGACGUGUCAGGGCCGCCGCCGCCGCUAAAGCUCCUCGUGUUUGCACUGGGGCGCUGAAAGAGAGCGAGCGCGUGUGCAGCAAUGCAAAAGUGACACCCACGUUUUAUUCCAGCAGAUAGUGCUCAGUGAGGUGUGCGCUUCAGCUUGUCACGCUUUGUUUCUACUCCACUCACAUCCACACGCACGCACAUUACAGACCUGCACGGCUCUGCGGUCCAACGGCACAUCAGGUCCUGACAAUCAUCAGAGCUCUGCCUGGACCUUAAACACCGCAGGUUUCAGAUCAGCGCGUGUGAGUAAGUGCGUACCUGGAGUGCACCUGGGCGCCGACUCAAGCCACUUGAGCAUGUUGGAGAGGAAGUGUCGGACAGGUCGAUUGUGCACGAUCACGCUGUCUGAUAACCUGUGAUUAUUCUGAGGCGCCUAAAUUACACUGAAAAGUCACUCUCCAUUCACGCUGCGGCGUGUACUUGAUACUGUAUCGACGAGAUUCCAGCAUUCAAGCAAAUAACCGUCGGUUCCUCCGGGGGGAAAUGGCAGAGCGAGAUGUGUAAUAUCUGAAACUAAAGUGUCUGACUGCAGUUUGCUCUGCCCUUUGCAAGUUGGCUAUUCUACACAGGGCAAGCACUUUCACUCUCUAUCUUUACGGAGCAGCACUCAGCGUGAUGGAUUUUAUUUAACCUUAGCUAUCUCCAGAUGAGUUGCAGCAAGAUAGUGUCUCGGUCUCUCCAAAGGUCUGCUUGGUUUGGUUAUGGCUUAAAGGAACAUUGACUCCUGAUUGCUGAUUUGUUGUGUGAGGAGUGCUGAAAAGUCUCAUUUGAUUGAUCAUGAUGCAAUACGUCUGAGGUGGAAUUCAUCCUCGAGGGCACAGCUCUGCGUUUAUUCUGAACCUUAGCGUACAGUUAGCAGCUGUAGAGAUGAAUUGAACUUGCUUUUGUUUCUUGGGCGCUAUCUGACUGAAAUAUGUUGUUAUCGAUGUUCUUAGUUCUGUGGUUUGACCUAAAUAAGACAAGGAGCCUGUUUGCUGUUGUGGUUAAGUGUGUCGCUGAUUGUUAGGCCGGCUUCUGCUCUGGAUUUACGCAGCUCUGUGUUUGACAUCGGGGGGAGAUAAUUAGGUUGUCUCUCUUUAGGCUGGUUGCAGAGAUAUUGUUGUUUAUUGGGACCUGAGGAUUGAGCGUCACUGUUUCGAGUUGGUUAAGUGGUACGGAGUUGCUGGAACUUUCUAAGCAGCCCCAGCUGCUGCAGUAAUCAUCAUAGCUGCUACUCUGAGCUCAUAUGUGGGUGCCGUGUGGUAUAGUGUCUAAAUUACUGCUUCUGUUGCCACCCAGAGCGCCAACCGGACUUCUGAGCACCUCUUCGAGUCGGUCCUAAGUGACUUUGCAGCAAAAGCAUACAGUGCAAGACAUAAGGGGAGGUUUUUAUGUAGCUUACCCCUAAUCAACGUUUAUCUCACCACUAAAGUAAAGCUGAGCAGUCUGCACGUGUCUGCAGCAUUGCAGCUGAGAACGCACCAUAGUGUGUGUGUGUGUGUGUGUGUGUGUGUCCGUGUGUCCGGAGUAGUUUGUCCACAGCGGUUCAGGAGGGGUUACAGAGGAACCAUUGAUCAAAUGUGCAGAGCCACUCACACUUACAAGCUCACACACACACACACACAACAUUUCACCACACAAUGAGGACUGUCCAGAGCUCUGCCCUCUGCUGCCUCCUCCCUGCAUCCUUCUCUCCUGCCCUGCACUGCCUGGUCCUGCUCCUGCUCUGCAUCACUCCUCGUUGUCAAGCGGUGCAGGCCGAGAAUGUGACAGUCCUGGAGGGAGGCACGGCCCAGAUCUCUUGCCGCCUGCAGAAGUACGACGGCUCAAUCGUGGUCAUCCAGAAUCCCCGACGUCAGACUCUGUUCUUCAAUGGAACGCGAGCACUGAAGGACGACCGCUUCCAGAUGAUGCUCUUCAGUCCAACCAUGGUGCGCAUCACACUGACCAACGUCAGCGUGUCGGAUGAGGGCGGCUACUUCUGCCAGCUUUACACGGAUUCAACACACCACCAGGUGGCGACACUUUCCGUGUCGGUUCCCCCGGAGAUUCCUACAGUGGAAGUGAAGCAGGAGGCCGUGGAGGGCGGCGAGGCUGAGCUCACCUGCGUGUCGCCUCGCAGCAAGCCGGCCGCCACCCUGCGAUGGAUGCGAAAUGGCCGUGAGAUACCAGGUGUUGUGUCCCAGCAGGACAACGGAAAGACAUUCAGCGUGUCCAGCACCAUCCGCAUCCCGGUGGAGAGGAAAGACAACGGGGCGGCGUUGAACUGCGAGGCUCUCCACCCCUCGCUGGGCGGGCAGAAUAGGGUUCGACGUUAUCGACUGGACGUGUAUUUUGCUCCCACAGUGAGAAUCAUUCCUCCUUCAGGCAUUUUGCGCGAGGGCGACUCGCUCAGCCUCACCUGCUCCAUCACCGGGAAUCCUUUGCCCAGAACCACUCAGUGGUCCAAGAUAAACGACACCUUACCGGAGAGGGCAGAGAUUUCCGGACCCACUCUCCAGAUCGCCCGUCUCAGCCAAUCACACAACGGGACAUACCUGUGCCAAGCCCAGAACAACUACGGCCGCGCCGCCGAUUAUUACACCCUGCUGGUGUACGAUAAUGUGUCACUCACUACCACGGUUCCUACCACCCAACUAAUCACCUCACAUCCUACCACCUCAGUCCUUCCAUCAUCCAGCAUCGCCCCGGAACCGAGAGAUCCCGGUGCAGUGGUAGAGACCCACAGCGCAGUACCGUACGCGGUGAUAGGUGGCGUUCUAGCUCUGCUGGUCUUCACCGUCAUCUGCGUCCUCAUCGUCACCAUUUGGUGCUCCGUCCGGCAGAAAGGUUCCUAUCUUACCCAUGAGGCCAGCGGGUUGGAUGAACACGGUGAGGUGCAGGAGGCCUUCCUCAACGGGAACGACGUCAGCCAGGGCAAGAAGGAGUACCUACUGUAGCCCUUCUCUCUCCUUGAUCCCUUAUCUUCUGACCUCGCACCCCUUUCCAGUCCCUCUCCCUUUUCUCCCAACUUAUAUACAGUACACACACACACACACACACACACACACGCACUCACAAACAUUUCUAUACAAUGCGCCAUGACAGGCGGCCUUCUGAAAGUGACUGUAUACAGAUCCUGCACACAGCCCAUCCAUCACACUCCAUUCCACUCCAUGAGCUCCACACACACUCCCAUAACCCCUGAGACAGCCGGAGAGACGGAGAGCCUCCAGGCCACGCAGACGCUAACGACCGCGCCGUAUACACCACUGUAAGUCGAAGACACUGGGGGGAAGCAGAGGCAGCGCGAGACAUCGGAGACAGAGUGAAGUGAAUGUAGACAAAAGCGAAAUGAUGCCAUAAUUAUUUUGAUCGAGAGGGAAGAGGGCAACACAAUGGAAAGCGGCACUCUGGCUGUGUCGCCGCCAAAGUGGAAGGGGAAUUAGAGGCAGAUGACUGCUAUAAUUCGCUGCCUGGAGAAUAGAAGAACCCAUUUCACAAAGCUCAAUCUUCAACUGAAGGAGACAGCGGGCGAGCAGCGUGAUGAUGGAGGCGGGGCUAAGAUGGGGAGAGCUGAACAGGAUCUAUUUAUCGCUCGAUGGUAAAUUGCCAAAGUACGUUGUCCGCUGAGCAGCCAGAGUACCAGGAAGUAUCUACUUUUUAGGCCCAAACGUAACUUUUCGGUUAGGCUGCAAGUUGGUUUUUAUAGGGGACAAAAAUAAAGUUUUUAAAGUUCUAUGAUCUGUACAAAACUUGUUUGUGAAGUACUUUUAACAAAAUCAAGAAGUUUCAGAACGAGCCGUUUCGGGGCAAAUAAGCUGUUACUGGCCACGCCCACCAAUUCCGUUAUUGGCUGCUAUGGGUCGAGGAGCUCGGAUACCCAGCAGGGGCUCGGAGUUGAGCCGCUGCUCCUCCAGGUCCAACGCGGCAGCAUCUGUAAGCGUCCGAAAGUGAGCAGGUGGCUCUACGCUAGCUUUUUUAUGAUUCACAGAAGCUUAUGAUUCCUGAAGUCUAACAGAAAAUUAAUAGAUGGUUUUUAUUCACAUUUAGUGAGUUUAUAGAGGAAGUAGAGUUCAAAAUGUAGCACUAAAGGAUUUUGGAUAAUAUGUCCCCUUUAAAAGUAAGUUUGUACCUUUUAACUGCAAAAGUGAAGGAAAAUAUGCUUCUCGGUUCCUGUCACUAGUUUACAACAUAGUCCAGCCUCUCUGUCCCCGUCUGUUGCUGCUCCUAACGUUGGCCCUGAGGAAUGAGAGGGUUAGCGCCGGGCUGCGUUCCUGAGGAAGAAGAAAGGAAGGUGACUUGCCAAGACAUAAAAAAAGAAGCUUCGUUAUUUUUCGAAUGUCAUUAAGAGGCUCAAAAGGUUUUAAAGUCCUUAGGAAGGAUAGAAGAAGUGAAUGAGUGAACCGAGUGGAUGGAUUAUUUCCCGUGCAGCUUCAAACACACAUUCAUACAUGCGGUAAACACGUCGGCAGAACAAGCAUACAUAUCACUGAAGUCUUUGUAUAAAAAACCAGAACAGUGACGUAAAUUAAAUGAAACUUUUAAGAAAACUGUUUACUAUUGAAACGCAUUAUGAAGCAACUAUACUAACACAGAAUAUUAGCCUAUAGAGGUGCAAACCGAACAAACUACUGUCCAGUGAUCUUUAAAAAAAUGAUGAAAAAGAAUAAAAAAAUCAUUUGUCUUUGAGAAACCAGAGGUCUUAUCAGUUUUUUAAUGAUUAUUAUUAUUAUUUGAACAAUUCCGAUUGUUGUUACUGUUAUUAUUAUUGCCGUUGUUAUUAUUAUAAUUGUAAAUGUUAAAGAAAUGUACACUUUUCAUGGUUUGUUUUUGGUUUUACUAUAAAAGAAAUGCUGUUAUUUUUUCCUCCUACCUUUUCUCUCUUUCUCAGUAUUUCUCUCUCUCUGUCUCUUGUGCCUAGUCGUCUCUUCUCCUGUCUUACACACUCGUUUAUUUUAGAGUCCACGUGUCACUGUUGAUAUAUAGCUAACUAUUUCUUUAUAGGGGAAGGAUACAAAGCACGACAAAAUAAAAGAGAAUCCAAAAAUA